AUGAUGCAGAUUCGUGAAAAUGGAAAGGUGAAAGUGAAUGAUGAUGAUGAUAAAAAUAAUGGAGAAAGUGAGAGGUUUUGUAUAAACGAUCACCUGGAUUUGUUGAUCGAGGUUCUGAAGAUGCUUGACGGGCGAUCGUUAGGUGCUGCAGCUUGUGUGUGCCGGCAAUGGUGUUCGAUCGCACGGAACGAUUCGUUGUGGGAGCAUCUCUGCUUCCGUCACGUGUCGCCACCUCCAAUUGGUGUUCGGCCGGUGGUUUCGGCGUUGGGUGGGUACAGGAGGCUGUACAUGGUGUGUGUGAGGCCGGUUUUGAGUCGACUCAAAAGGAGGAGAAUCGGUGGUGAAUCGGAGGUGGUGAGACGAGUCUGGAACCAGAAUGAGGUGGAGCUUUCUUUGUCGUUGUUUUGUGUUGAGUAUUACGAGAGGUUGUUGGUUGGUGGUGGAGGUGGAAGAGUCGCCGGAGAUUCGCCGGCGUCGUCGCUCAAGUUUCUAUGCAUGCCCGUGAAUGUUUGA